GUGCUCGGUGGCACGAGUUGGUCCAAAUAUGUGCAGUAUGCUCCGGAGCGAUCACGAUUGGAUGGCUUCGUCCUAACUGGCAGAAUUCGUAUAAGCCGAGAAGAUUCCACUAGCACACGGUUCACAGCGCUCAACAUGAAGGACCUGACAGCCAGCGUCGGCGAUUGUGGCCGCAGGGGCCGUCAAUGCCUUGGCGUUCGUUCUGCAGGGCCGGCGAUGGCUCCGUUCUCGGAGCGCGCAACUCUUGUCUACUAUGGCGGUGACUAUCUUAGGCCGCAGAAGCGAGUAAUCAUCACAGGGUUCCGAGAUUCUGUGGCACCAGUCUACGCAUGGAUAUCUCAUCGCCAAACCACCCAAUUCUGGAUGGCACACGACUCCUGGGUAAUGAUUAGGCCGUCGAUGCUCGCCUAGUCAGACGCAGAAAUGAGUGGAGGUCUGGCUAGAGAAUUUAUACAGUUGGUUCGCUCCUGAUCUUCUUUGCCACAUCUCCUCCCUCCACCCGACUCGUCGCACCAUGCAAGUCACGAUGCUGGUCUCCCUCAUCGCAUUCGUGGCAUCUAUCAGCUCUGCCGUCGCCGAGACGCACACCGUCCACUUCAUUAAUCAAUGUGGCGCCGGUACUCCUACUCUGGUUCAAGAUGGAAACAUCCUUUCCAUGGGCAGGGACUACGUCUCGGACGGUCCACUCAUUUCCGCCAUUGCCCCGUUAGGCAACUGCGGGUUGAACGGAGAGAACUGUACGACCGUCGAGACGACGCUGCAGAACCCAACUAGUCCUGGCAAUGGCUCCUGUACCUACAUCAACCUAUAUCCGCCGCACACAUUCCGCCAGGCCAUCGGUUUUGGAUACUACAACGGUUGUGACGGUUUAGGAUCUGACUGCACGAGCCCCAACUGCCCCCUGUCCCCUGGUCUUCCACCGAUUGGAGGGACUCCGUGUGUGGCUUGCCAAGAUGAUAAUGUGGAUUUGGCCAUCACGUUCUGUGACUGA